GUGGCUUUAUCGGACAGUUUUAUACCUAAAUGAAUUGUCGACACGGACUUCCUUGGGAAUAGGACUGACUACCUGUUGCAUUUAUUUAGCUUUUCAUAUUCUGAUCAUGUGGAAGUGUUGAGAUGAGGACGAAAGUGGAUUUGGUUCCGCUUAUAAAUAAUUAGGCUACAGUAGUUUCCUGCUACAUGUUUUUUCUUCAAUGCGUUUAGUUGAUAUGGCGACAGUUGACUCAACUCAAUGAAACUUCAUCGGCGGCGUGUCCCUGUUGAACACGGCAGCCUGAAGACAUCGGUGUCACGCACCACGAACUGUCAUUGUACAGCCAUCCUUAGGUUAGCCUACUUUGAAAGGAGAGAGAAGAAAGAGGAACUUACUUUUUAAAACUUUUUUAUUACCUCAACUAAAUUAUGACUUCGGUUUGGAAAAGAUUACAACGCGUUGGCAAGAAAGCUUCAAAAUUCCAGUUUGUGGCGUCCUAUCAAGAACUUGUGUUGGAAUGCACUAAGAAAUGGCAACCAGAUAAAGUGAGGGUGGUUUGGACCAGAAGAAAUAGGCGUAUGUGCUCCAAGCUUCAUGGAUGGCAGCCGGGCAUCAAGAACCCAUACAGGGGGAUGGUGGUGUGGCCCGUACCUGAAAACGUGGAUAUCUCUCUCACACUCUUCAGGGAUCCCCAUUCCGAUGUGUUUGAAGACAAAGACUGGACGUUUGUCAUUGAGAGCGAGACAAAGGGCCAACGUAAGGUGUUGGCUUCAGUGGACGUGAAUAUGAAGAAGUUUGCCAGUCCCACUCCCACUCAGCAAGACCUGACAUUGAAGCUGAAGCCCCUGUCUGUCAAGGUGGUGGAGGCCACUCUGAAGCUCUCCCUGUCCUGUGUGUUUCUCAGAGAGGGGAAAGCCACUGACGAGGACAUGCAGAGUCUGGCCAGUCUGAUGAGCGUCAAACCCACAGACAUCGGUAACCUUGACGACUUCAACGAGAGCGAUGAGGAGGACGACAGGAGGUCCAGUGCUGGAGCUAGCAUUAGCAAAGCGGCCGCAGAGAUCCAGAGGGAGUUAAACACUCUCACAGAAGAGGAGUACCACAGUCCUUCUACACUUGGGCCGAAACUGUCAGAGCAGCAGAGCCUGUCUGUCUCAAGUGAGACCCUUCCCCUGGCCCUGAACAGAGGGGACGAGUCUCUCCGCUCCCCCAGAACUGCUGGCACCAUCAGGAUCGCCAACCAACAAGCCUCUGCAUCCCUGGAGAGAGACCGGGAGAGCCGACCGGAGUCAGAAAAAGCCGUGGGGUUGAAAGAUGGCAGGACCAUUAUAGGUUCUGGGCAAGAUGGCAGCCCAGCAACUGGUAUCCCUGGCCCUACGCCCACAGAAGUCUCUGAAUCAGCAGAGCUUAUUCCAGCGCUCCCUCCUCCAUGGCCUUUCUCUAGCCCGGAGACAGAAGCACCAGAGAGCACUACCCCCAAAGAGCCUUCUACCAACGUCCUGGGAGCAUUCAGUGGUGAUAACCCGCCAUUGGCCGAAAAGAAGUCUGGCUUCAAACAGACAUCCAAUGAGACCAAGGAAGUGCCUUAUCAACCUGCCAAGCCAGAGGACUCCUCUCCCUCGACCCUGGACAAAACACCUUUUAUUGCAGACAAGCCGCCAUUGGCUGAGCCUGAGCUCGACUUUGAUGACAUAGUCAUAGAGACGCCUGAUCCAUCAGUCACGGCAGGUAUCUUGUUUUUGGAGGACAGCGCAGGCGAAGAGGGAUCAAAAGCGGACACAAUAAAGAGGUCGCCAUUCAGCAUCUUGAAGACUCAAAUGGAACAUCUGGAUGGAGGUGUUGAACAGGAAGCUGAUGUAAAUUCAACGGCAGGGCCAUAUUCGAAAAUUCCAACAUCAAAAGAGCACAGGCCAGUUGACACGCAGCUACUUCCAGAGAUUGUAAACACCACGUGUGAAGACGCAGCCGAGAAGCACGCCAAAGGCCAAGAGAAGCCCGUGGAGAAGAAGCAGGAGAAACAAAGGCCGACACCUGCUUUUCCCUGUUUAUAUGACCUCAACAAGUCAGACGAAGACAAGGAAAUUAUGAAAAACAUGGCUGCCCUGGAGGCUGGUCCUCCCAGUAUGACAUCCACACCAGCUGAGUCAUCCAGAAUUCAUACUCAAGAGCUCCCUCUGGAGAAAAAGCCAAACAAAGCAAAAAGGCCAUCAUGGGCUGAGGAGAUUAUGGGCUCCAGAGAGGAGGACAAGAAACAGAUAGACAAUCAACCCCAGGAUGAGAAGGCCUCAUUAUCACAAGCUGAUGAGCACAAAUCAGCCCCCCUUGAUGUUCAAGCUAACCGGAGUGAAGAGGAGUCCCAUAGUUCAGGAUGGAAUGCAACGAAAGAGGAGGCAGACGUUUUGGAAGCCCACGGAGGGGACACUGGCUGUGUUCAGAAAGAGCGAUCUGAGACGGCCGAGGGGGAAAAGACGUCCGGUGACCUGGCUGUCCCAGUGAUAUGCUCUAAGAACGUGGCCCAGCCAUCCGCACCAGACACCACAACCCAGAGGAAUGACCAGCCCCCAGCCACCAGCCCAGGCAGUGAAGAGCCACAGUCCAAUGGACAGACCUCAGCAGAUAAGGGGGUCACCUCUGGUCAAGCGUCAGACACGAUUGUACCUCCCCGACGCAGCAAGUUGAAAACCCUGUCCUUUCCUGUGGUCCUUCCGGAAGUUGCCCCGGGGUCCUCCACUACCACGGCGGACAAGGAUGAAGCCUUUAGGAAAGAUGCGCUAGUCCUCAGCCAGGAGAUGUCAGGUCCAGUGUCCAGUCCCGGGCUGGUCACCUCCAGCAAGUCUUUGCUGGAGUGGUGCCAGGAGGUUACGAAGGGGUAUAAGGGAGUGAGGGUCACCAACUUUAACACCUCCUGGCGUAAUGGCCUGGCUUUCUGUGCCAUCCUACACCACUUCUAUCCCGACAAGAUAGAUUUUGAGGCACUGGAAACCAACGACAUCAAGUUAAACAACAAGAAGGCCUUUGAUGGUUUUGCCGCGCUGGGCAUCUCCCGUCUAAUGGAGCCCUCAGACAUGGUACUGCUCUCUGUGCCAGACCGCCUGAUCGUCAUGACUUACCUGAGUCAGAUCCGCACCCACUUUACGGGGCAGGAGCUGAGUGUUCUUCAGAUAGAGCACAACAGCAGCCAGUCCAGCUAUGCAGUGACUGAGCCCAGUCAGGGUUCUGAUGUGGAUGCUGCUGCUCGCUUCUGUGCCCGCAAGCUACAGGAAGGUAGCAUCUCCCUGGAGGACAGUGCGACAGAACAGGCCUCUAAGCCCAACGGGAGCCUAGUGCCACCCCCUCGGACGAAACGGUUGACAAAGGGGGAGGAGAAGGGGAGCGGAGCUGGGGGUUUGGAAGGGGGAGCGGGUGGGUCACAGACCCCAGUGCCUCCACCCAGGUCACACGCCUCUGCAGCGAAAUCCGGAUUUGGUCACGUGAGAGAUGCCGACCUAGUGAAGAAAAGGCGCUUGCGGCUGAAGAGUGAGUCUAUGGAUGAAGGGGAUGGGCUGGAGCAACAGAGUAGCACAUCCAAGAGCACAGAGUCAGCUGAAGGUGUAUCAGACAGAGCGGUGAAGAACGGCUCCUCAGAAUCAGAGACAAUGAGCCCAGUGCCAGUCCAGGAGUCCAGUGUCCCAAGCCAGGAGGAGGAUACUCUGGACACCAGUCAGUAUGUGCUGAGUGAGCUGCAAGCCCUGGAGAGUGAACAGAAGCACAUCGACAACCGAGCAGGCAUCGUGGAGAGGAGACUCAGAAGACUGAUGGAAUCAGGUAGCGACCGGGACGAGGAAGAGAAGCUGAUCCAGGAGUGGUUCACUCUGGUCAACAAGAAGAACGCCCUAAUAAGGAGACAGGACCACCUGGAGUUGCUGCAGGAGGAGCAGGACUUGGAGAAAAGAUUUCAGCUACUGAAUAGAGAACUCCGAGCCAUGAUGGCCAAUGAAGAGUGGCAGAAGACUAAGGCCCAGCAGCAUCGGGAGGAGCUCCUGCUGCAGGAACUGGUCUCACUGGUCAACCAGCGGGACGAGCUGGUCAGAGACAUGGACGCCAAAGAGCGAGGGGCCGUUGAGGAGGAUGAGCGCCUGGAGCGGGGGCUGGAGCUUAGACGCAGGAAGUUCAGCAACAAAGACAAGUGUGUGCUGCAGUGAGAGACGGGACGACAACGACAAAUACCAACCCAUCCAGGAACUAAACCUCCACAAUCCCUGCUUUAUACCAAGCUCUCACUCACUCGGCAUCCUACACAGUAUGAAACAAGCCUAGGAACCUGCCACCCCAGCAACAAAUCCAAAGCCCUCUGCACCGAUGGGAUGAUUGUCAAGCAGUGUUUUCUCUCCUUAACUGGGAUUUUGGGACUGGUCAUUAAUGAUCAAUUACGUCCCCUGGGACGCUGGAGCUGUGUGCCUUCCCCUUUGAAGAUACUUGAACCAAAUUUCCCCCUGUACUGGGAAGGUCUCUCAUCCAUUUAAAACUUUUGAUUGAAAAAAACGAGGACCUUUACAGUUCAGUCAGUUAAUAUGCCUUACUCUGUCAUUCAGUAGACAGAAAGCCCACUGUAACAGAUGUGUGUGUGUGUGUGUAUACAUUUAGCCCACCGUGAAGAUAAGUGGUUCCAUAAUUAAGUGCCUACUCUCACAUCUGUAAACAUCUCAUUGAUCUUAUCUGGUCCGACAAUAUAAGAUAAUCAACUAUAUUAGAUAGUUUGCACUUUGCCUUAAUGCUUUGGUGGAACUGGCUAUUAAAAGAACGGUCUGGUGGUUUCGCGCAAAAUAUUAAAAGGGCUCUGUAUACAGGAGGACUGACCGUUCUGUGUUUUACUUUGGACCCAGAUGUUUGGACGAAAAACUCAAGUUUGUGAGAGUACCACGUAUUGAUGUCUUCUGGUGGAGAUGUAUUUUCAAUUUUCAAUCCUACUUUUAUUUAUGGUUUGGACAUUUGCAUGAGAAAUGUUUGGGUUAGGUGUGUGUCAUAUUGAACAUACUAUAUGAACAGUCAAUCAAUCUACCCAGAAAUGAAAGAAAAAGAGGACAGUGAACAAACGUGAAACCUUAGUUGUAGAGAGAAGCUAGUAGUCCUACUUGGAAUACAUACAGGACAAUAAAUACCAUCCUGUAAAUAUUAAUAUUUAUACUCUGUUAUAACCUGGCACUGCAGUUCUUUUAAUGUUUAUUUUUUUUAGCAAAGACCUUUAGUUUCACAUUUCUAUUAUCACUGAUGAUGAUGAUGAUGAUUUUGUUACUAACCACUGGUAGAACUGAAAAUGUAAUGACGUAUUACUUUGUCCCAGCCUCUUUUUAAAAAGGACAUUUCGAACACGAUAUGUUUUGUUUAAACUAGUGAAUGAUAAAUAAUACAUUUUUGAAGUUUAAAAAGAAAAUUGGGAGUUUGUUUGAA